UGACAUGACAAUACGUAAAUUACAUUUUGGGAUGGUAAAACUUAAAAAAGAAGGUCCGAAGCUUUUUGCUUUUUUAUUGAUAUUAUAUGACUUUUUAUUACAGUAUGAAUGAAACAAAUUAGGAUUUAAACAAUCGCAAAUAUGUCGACGAUUGUUUGUUGUGGUUGUCUGAAUAGUGACCGAAAAUUGACUCGCGUCGAAGAGUUCUGGAAGUCUCAGUAUUUCACGCAAAUAAUUAAUGAAGUUAUGAUGUCUCAUCAGCCAAGUGAGCCCUUACACCUGUGUUACGAGUGUGACGCGUUACUUACAAAAUUUGUUAAAUUCAAGCAACGUGUGAAGCAUUCAUACAGUGUCCUGUGUGACUACUCACAGAAGAAUAUCAACAUAAUUGAUCCAAAGCCAUCCGUCCUGACAUUAAACCAUAACAUAUACAACAUCGCCCUCCUCCCCGACUCCAACACCGAAGAAGAAACAAUGCAAGUCGUAAAACAUGAGGUCGCUCCAAAAAUCGAGCUUGACGCCAUAAAGGAAGAAGAUAGAGUUUCAGUAUAUUCCGAUCAUCAUGAAGACGACACGCCAUUGACAGAGUUAAAAAAGAAAAAAAAAGUCAAACUAAAAAAAGACAUAAAUAAAAAAAUUGAGAUGUAUAGAGAAGUGGAGCUGAGUUUGGAAGAGUUAGAGGAAGAAAGAAGAAUGUUAGCAUUAAAGGAUGAAUUUGUGAAUGCAAUGUUUAGGUGUAACACUUGCAUAAUGUCGUUCCCUAAUGCGGAUGAUUUGGGUGACCAUGUCAAGAUGAAACAUGAACUGCACGCGUCCCAUCACAAAUGCAAAGUGUGCGAGUGUUCAUUCGGCUCGGAGUUCUCCUUCAACUACCACUGGAGCAAGCACACGCGCCGCUACGAGUGCUGCGCGUGCGCACUGCGCUGUCGCAGCAAGAGGGACGCGGCCAGGCAUUACGACCUGGCGCAUUGCUGGGGGCCGGAAAUACCAUAUAACAUAUCGAAGAUUGACAAAAACGACGGACCCGAAGACAGCUCUCGAGAGACCUAUCCGUGCGAGUUUUGCCACAAGACGUUCAAAUGGAAGACGUCGCUCCGGAAACAUUUGGAGACUCACAAAAUUGAGAUGGGAGAGAAACGGAAGCCGUACUGCGAACCUUGUCGAUUAUCGUUUACGACUACGUCAAAUCUACAAAAACAUGUGAAGACCAGUUCGAAACACCAGAUGAAGUUGAAAUUGAGGAAGCUGCAAGACAAUCCAUCGUCAGUAUCGGAGCAGCAGACGCCCGGCGCGCAGGCGCAGGCGCAGGCGCAGUAUCGGUGCCCGCACUGCGAGCGCGGGUUCCAGUGGAGGGGCAACCUGCAGCGGCAUCUGGCCAGCCACGCCGCCAGAGCGAACGGCAGCCUGGUGUGCACUCCGUGCAACAGAACAUUCUCAUCCAUCGCUACAUUCAAACAACAUAUGGCAAUAAGCAAGAAACACGUCUCCGAGGAGGACUACAAGUACAUGUGCAGUUCGUGCGGAAAGCGGUUUGCGAUAAAAAGCAAGCUCAAGGACCACAUUGAUUGGGAACACCUCAAGAUAUACACACACACCUGCACGGUGUGCCAAAAGGUGUUCAAGAGUCAUACGUCCUUAUAUCUUCACAGCCAAGUUGUUCACAAGAAAGAUGGCGCGGAACACUUGUGCGAUCACUGCGGUAAAGCUUUUCCGAACAAGUCCAAACUCCGCAGUCACAUGACGGCGCUGCACAGCGGCGGCGCCCCCUACCGCUGCGAGUGGUGCCCCGCGCGCUUCAGCUGGCACUCCUGUCUCUCCAGACACGUGCGGCGUGCGCACGCGCGGAGGAAGCGGGACCAGUAGAUGCCGCAGACAGGGACACCAUACACGAUCUCAAUGUAUAUAAUAGUACAGUCUGACUAAAGAGUAGACUAUUAAAAAAAAAUAUGUGAAAAAACGUAGCCUGUAAAAAUCUAUCUGAAUAAAUUAUUGAUUUGAUUAAAAAUCGAUUUUUUACGAACUUAUUUUUUUUUGUCAUUGCAAUACUAGAUAUAAU